CUAUGCAGCCAGCUAUGAUAUUUUACGGUACUCACCCCAUAUGAUUACUGUUCCUUCGCUUUUCCUUCCCUAACGCUGCGAAGAUCUCGAUUCCCUCUUCCUCUGCUCCACUCCAAACCUUGGAAACCCCCAAAACUACCACCAUCAUCGAUCGAGAGCCCAUCCUCCGGUCCUCCAUGUCGGGCUCUAUGAAGCUCUCCCUCAAGCUCCUCGUCGACAAGGAGAAGAGCCGCGUCGUCUUCGCCGAAUCCGACAAAGACUUCGUUGACAUCCUCUUCAGCUUCCUGACUUUACCCAUCGGCACCAUCGUCCGCCUCCUCGGCAAGAAAUCCUCCCUCGGCGCCAUGGACCGCCUCUACGAAAGCGUCGAGAAUCUCGACGCCCGCUACUUCCAGACCGCGCCCUGCAAGACGAUGCUCCUCCGCCCUAGGAACGUGUCCGGGGUCCAAUGCGAGGGCCUGGCCCUGAGGGUCGAUGAUUUGGAGCCGCUGGUCUACUAUAGAUGCCCCAAGAAGGGGUUUACCUGUGGUUUUAGCUCGGUUCCCGGAGUUCGGUGCCCCUGUGGGCAGGUCAUGGAGGUGCCGUUUCUUGCGAACAAUUUGGACCGUGCGGAGGGAUCGGACGGAGUGUUCGUCAGGGGGCCAACGAGUUUCCUUGUCAGCGAUGAUUUGUCGGUGAGGCCGGUUUCGACGGAUGCGAGCCUGGCCUUGUUCCAGAAGCUUGGGAUCGAAGAUGGAAGUGUUCUGCAGGAGAGGAAUGUGGAAUUGGGUGCACAGGAGGUUUUGAACUUGCUUAAGAGAUCAUUGGUAUCAAAAAGGCCUUUGACGGACAUAUUUUUGCAAGAGCCAGACAUGAUUGAUGAUGCGGAUAAGUCAUUGAAGUCAAUGAUGGCAGUCAUAACUCAAACCAGGGUGAAAUAUAGAUCCACAGCCACUGAUUCCAAGAGAAUAAAUGUGAAACUUUUCCUAAGCAAAGAGAGCGACAAGGUAGUGUAUGCAGAAGCAAGGGAAGACUUGGUGGAUCAAUUAUUCAGUUUCCUCACCUUUCCUUUGGGAUCCAUUCUAAAGCUCCUGGACAAGCAUUCUUCCCUGGGUUGUAUUGACAAUCUAUAUGAGAGUGUUGAGCUCUUAAGCAAUAGCUAUAAUUACAUGAAGUCCAAGGAGUGCUAUGAUAUGCUAUUGGCUCCGAAGCUUCCUCCUUAUUUUGGUUGUGACAACCAGUUGUUAGACAUUGGUGAAAUGUGCUCACAAACGAUCAAAGUGGGUCAUCAGUCCCUGGAUGGUAUAAAGACGAGAUACAGCUAUGAAAUGAAUCCAAAGUUGCAGACCUCUGGUACUGAAACUGGAGGAGGUUUUGCUAAGGGUAUGAUGACGUUCAUGGUAACAGACGAGAUGGAGGUGACUCCGCUCUCACCCAUUUCAGCCGUCCAUGUCAUCAACAAAUUGAUGGUACCAAUCAACGGUUUAGAGGAGGCACAUGCCAGCCUGGGAGAAGCAGAGGCACUGCAUUUGUUGAGGGCUUGUUUGAUCUCACGCACGGUCCUAAGUGAUGUCUUCUCGCCUAGUUUGUUGACGUUAUUACAUGAAAGAUGGUGCUGCCGAAAUCGUAGUAAGACACUUCCCCAAGGGCAUCCUACCACGUCUCUUCAGCUUUGAGAUUAAAUAUGUAUUGGUCUCUUCAGCUUUGAGAUUAAAUAUGUAUUGAUCCAGUGACCUGUAUUAGAUGGCUGUCCGUUUGUUUUGCUUGUUUAAUUCGUUCUCUAUCCUAACUUUCUUAAACAAGUUAGACACCAACUGCCGAUGAAUAAGCUCGGCUUUUUUGAUAUCUGCCCAAAAUGGUACUUUUGUUUAGUCAAAUGGAGCCGUGCGGAGCAGGAAAAUUGCAUUUUAAUCGCA